AUGGCUUCAAGAAGGUCUUCAAUUCUCUCGACACGGUCUGCGAAACAGAGGAAGUUCUCAACAGAUCGACACCAAAGGGGAGCCGAGCUGUCGAUCCGCAUUGAAGAAGGACGACCCUUGCGGCCACCACUGGUCAGGGAGGAAGACAUCUCGACAUCGUUCGUGCAAGAUUUCUUUUCCAAACCGCCUCAGUGCAAGAAUGUCGCCGCUUCAUUGACUCAGGCCGACACCUGCCCAUGUCCUCUCGACGUCCACCCGGGUCAGCGCGUCAGGGGCUACUCGGACGACAACUUUGGCGAGCAGGAACACGACCUCGUCAAGGAGUCGGUAGAAUUCAAAAACCCUUUCCCUGAGCCGGAUCCGCAACAACAACUCGAGAUCGAGCAGCGCGCUGCCGUCUUCAGACGCGUCAACACCGACAUCGAUGCGGAAGAGGCACAGCUCCAUAUCACGCGCUCAGCAUCUGACCUCGUCGCCCGCAGCGGCGCCAAUCACCCAAUCGACCGCGUCAGACGGUGGUUCGGGAUCAAGCCUGCAAUCAAGCCUGGGGCGCAUACCGGCCUCAAGCAUGCUGCUGGUCUAGCGACGACUCAUGCGACGGCGAUCCUGUCCCAGAAGCCGGCUCCGCUGUUCAAGCGACGGGCUCUCUAUGUGUUGGAAUAUGACAUUGAUGAUGAGGGUGUUUUGCUCUGCGCACCUCCAAAGCUGUUCGAAAGUGUGUCCCGUCUCCGAAAGUACCUGGAAGAGGACGAGCAACCCGAUUCCCUGCUCCGUCUGGUCUAUGUCUGCAACAACGAAGAAGCAGUCAACUAUCUGAGCAAUGCGUUCGGCAUCAGCGGCUCUAGCGCCGAGACAGGUGAGCGCAGCUUUCGUGACUGGAUGCAGGAUGACCGCGAUACGCGGCGGGCGUCACAUAAGGCCAUUCGAUGGCGGCCGGCAUUCGAUAUCGCUAGAGGCGUCAUCUGCAUGGCGUUCGGGCUGGAUUUUGGGUCCUUGGUGGUGCCUCGUCAGGAGACUCCAUCCCACCACCAUCAUCAUCUACAUCACCUCCACCACCAUCAUGAUGAACAUGAUCAUCCGUCGCAGCAUGAUCAACUGUUGCAACCCACCAAACCCUCUAUCUACCGUCAGCGUAUUUCAGUCUACAUGCAGCGAGCCUCGUCGCAAGCCUUACCUGGACCACGAGUCACGCGAUUCAAUUCCGGCUCACGUCACCUGCACGACAUGGCAAAGCGCGAUACCAUUGUUAUUUGUGAAUACUCGUCCGGCGAGGCCGGUGAGAUUGUCAGUGCCAAUGUGCUGCUAGGCCUGAACCCGGGCGCUUUCCCACCCUCUGCCUCUAGCGACCAAACAGAGAGUACAGCUUCGGAUGAAAGAAAGUGUGCAUCGACGCCGACCCUUCAAGCGGUGCUCUCACACAUCUUCGACGGCCUGUACCAGCUCUGGCGCGACCAAAUUGCGCUGAUUCACGAACCCCACGCCUCGCUAGAGGACCAUGUCUACGCCCACCCGUCCGAUUCGACCCGCGCCCGCGACGUCUGGGGCAUGUCGCAGAGGCUGCAUAACAUGCUGAAGCUGGUGAAUCGGCACUCCAAGGUCGUCGAGGCUGUGCAGGACGACUUUGCCGUUUUCGCCGAGUUGGAGAAGUAUCAAGACGGAGGUGGAAACGAGAGGCGAGACAGGUCCAGCGGGCGCGAUCGCAGCAGCGGUGGCGGCAGCAGUACUACCUGGUUGACGCCACUGCUGGACGACUUUGAGGUUCUGGCUGACAACAUUGGAACGGAUUACCUUGAGCCGCUGGAGCAUAUGAUUGACCUGAUGUACAAGUCUGUCACAAUCCGAGACUCGAAACAGUCGCUCGAGCUCAAUGCCAGUCUGUGGCGGCUGAGUUGGAUUACCUUCAUCUUCCUGCCGUUGACGUUCUUGGUCGGCGCGUUCGGUAUGAAUGUCGAUGCUCUGAGCGAGUACCCGAGUUUGAAGUGGUAUUUCAUCGCUGCGGUCCCUUUGAUGCUGGCCGUCUUCUUUUUCUGGUUUGUCAUGCGCCGGUUCGCGCCCGGUCGACACAGGUCUGGACUCAUCGAUGCCGCGGUCCUGGGAGCGGGCCUGGGCGUGCGCACGCUGUAG